AUGGAUGAUAAAGCUGUGUUAUCUAUCUUAGGUGUUUUUACUGGGUUGACUGUGGGUGUGGGAAUAUGGGAUACUAUUAGAUGCCGUCGUAAAUAUGAUGACAAGACGAUUGUGAUGGAACUCAUGAAACUAGUCAAUGAAGGAAAGGAUAGUGGAGUCACAUUCAAGGACUUUCCUUAUUUCUUAAGUGAAAAAAUCAAAAUUUUGUUGACAAGUGCUGGAUAUGUUCAUUUAAAACAACAUCGUUUAACCGAGCACACGCGGAACCUUUCGCCAAUAAGCCAAUCUAUUUUGCUUUCUGGACCUGCAGAAUUUUAUCAGGAAAAUCUCGCCAAAGCUUUAGCACAUUACUUUGAAUCGAAGUUACUGGUUCUCGAUGUUAAUUACUUCUCUUCGGAGUUGCAGAAGAAAUACGAAUGGCCUACAAAAGAACCAGUUAGUUCAACUACAGCUCCUUUGAAGUGUACAAACAGCUUCUGUUUUGAUGAAAAUUGUUUCCUAGAUUCACUCUACAAGGUACUGGUUUUUAUAUCAGAAUCUGAUUCUGUUAUCUUGUACAUCAAGGAUGUUGAGAAGAUCUUUCUUCAUUCAAAUAGGAUGUACGGAUUGUUCCAAAAUCUAUUAAAAAAACUUUCAGGUACAGUGUUGGUACUUGGUUCUCGGACUUAUGAGUCAGAAGAUAAAUGUACAAAAGUUGAUAAAAGACUCACUAUGUUAUUCCCUUACAACAUUGAGAUCAAACUGCCUGAAGAUAAGACUCAUCUCAAAACCUGGAAAGACCAACAAGAAGAGGCCGUGAAAAAGACUCAGUUGGAACAUAACCGAAACCUCAUUACUAAAGUGCUUGCAGAAAAUAACAUUGAAUGUGAAGACUUGAAUUCUAUCGUCCAUAAAGACAUUAUGAAACUCAGUGAUCUCAUCAAAGAGAUCGCGGCAUCUGCAAUUUUUUAUCAAUUAAUGGAGAACAAAAAUCCAGAGUACCGAAAUGGAAAGCUAAUUAUAUCUGCUGAGAGUUUGUGCCAUGUAUUGAAGGUGUUCCAGGAGGGUGAAAGUAAAAAAGAUUCAAAGGAGCCUGACAAUGCCUAUGAGAAGUGCAUAAGACAAGAGCUUAUCCCUGCAAAGGAGAUAAAGGUGACUUUUUCAGAUAUUGGUGCAUUGGAUAUUGUUAAAGCAUCACUUCAAGAAGCAGUUAUGCUUCCCCUUAGAAGACCAGAUUUAUUCAAAGCUAAUGGAGUUUUGAAGCCAUGUAAAGGUGUAUUGCUUUUUGGACCUCCCGGUACAGGAAAAACAAUGCUUGCAAAGGCAAUUGCAAAUGAAGCUGGAGCAAGUUUCAUCAAUGUCUCUUCGUCCACAAUCCAAUCAGUGUGGGACGGACAAUCUGAAAAGAACGUCCGAGCUCUGUUUUCACUAGCAGCAAAGGUUGCCCCGACUAUUAUUUUCAUUGAUGAAGUUGAUAGCAUGCUUGGACAACGGUCUGCAAUGAGAAGGGUUCAAAAGGAAUUCAUGUCCCGUUGGGAUGGACUAUUGUCAAAACCUGAUGACAGGAUUAUUGUUCUUGGUGCCACCAAUAUGCCAUUUGACCUUGAUGAAGCAAUUAUAAGGCGGUUCCAGCGCAGGAUCAUGGUUGGUCUUCCGUCUGCUGAGGACAGGGAAAUGAUCUUGAAAACUAUCUUAGCUGCGGAAAAACACGAAGAUAUAGACUUCAAAGAGCUCUCAACUAUGACAGAAGGAUAUAGUGGAAGUGAUCUUAAGAAUCUGUGCACGACUGCAGCUUAUCGCCGUGUUGAGGAGCUACUGCAACAGGAGAAGGAUAAUCAAGUGGUUUCCCUGAGGCCUUUAAACAUGGAAGACAUGAGACAGGCAAAGAAUAAGGUGGCUGCAAGUUUUGCUGAAGAAGGAUCAAUGAUGAACAAGUUGAAGGCAUGGAAUGAUAUGUAUGGAGAAGGAGGGUCAAAGAAAGACAAAGUUUCUUCAAAAUGGUCAAAUAAAGACAAAGUUUCUUCAAAAGUAGAUAGAUCUUGUGAUGACACUGACUUCGAGGAGAACAUAAGACAAGACCUUAUUCCUGCAAAUGAGAUAAAGGUGUCUUUUUCAGAUAUUGGAGCAUUGGAUGAUGUUAAAGAAUCACUUCAAGAAGCGGUUAUGCUUCCCAUUAGAAGACCUGAUCUAUUCAAAGGUCACGGGAUUCUGAAGCAGUGUAAAGGUGUAUUGCUUUUUGGACCUCCCGGUACAGGAAAAACUAUGCUUGCAAAGGCAAUUGCAAACGAAGCUGGAGCCAGUUUCAUCAACGUCUCUGCGUCAUCCAUCAUUCACAAGUGGUUCGGACAAUCUGAAAAGAGUGUCCGGGCUUUGUUUUCUCUAGCAGCAAAGGUUGCCCCAACUGUUAUUUUCAUUGAUGAAAUUGAUAGCAUGCUUGCGCAGAGGGGGUCUGAAUCUGGAAGCAACACAAUGAGAAGCAUUAAAAAUGAAUUCAUGUCCCGUUGGGAUGGACUAUUGUCAAAACCUGAUGAGAGAAUUAUUGUUCUUGGUGCCACCAACAUGCCAUUUGACCUUGAUGAAGCAGUUAUAAGACGGUUCCAGCGCAGGAUCAUGGUAGGUCUUCCGUCUGCUGAGAACAGGGAAACUAUAUUGAAAACUAUCUUAGCUGAGGAAAACCAUGAUGAUAUAGACUUCAAAGAGCUCUCAACUAUGACAGAAGGAUUUAGUGGAAGUGAUCUUAUGAAUCUGUGCACGACGGCAGCUUAUCGCCCCGUUAAGGAGCUACUGCAACAGGAGAAGGAUAAUCAAGUGGUUUCCCUCAGACCUUUAAACAUGGAAGACAUGAGACAGGCAAAGAAUAAGGUGACUGCAAGUUUUGCUGCAGAAGGAUCAAUGAUGAACAGGUUGAAGGAAUGGAAUGAUAUAUAUGGAGAAGGAGGUUCACGGACGAAAGAAGCACAUAAUCAGCUCAGUUAUUAUAUUUAG